AUGGAUUCACAUGUAGAAGAAGUGAGAACCCUCACCAAGAAACUUUGGGAAUUGGAGGCCAUUGGAAUGGAGAGACCAAGAGAUAAAAGCAAAGGAACCUGCCUGUCUCCAGAGGAAAAGAUAGCUGAGUCAAAAGUGACCUCAUCAACACUUUUUAACGGGACCAGAUAUGAAGUUGCCACUCCAUGGAGAGAUGAAUCCCCAAAUCUGCCAAAUAACAUGAAGCCAGUUGCUCACCGUCAGCAAAAGAUGGAAGAAAACAUGAAGAGGAAGGACCUAGCCUUCCAUGGGCAAUGCACGGAGGUCAUCCUGGGACAAGUAAAGAAAGGAUACCUUAAGAAGAUUGGGAACGUUAAGACCAACCCUCCAGAAGAAAACGGAUUUUACAUCCCAAUUUUCCCCGUAAGGAAAGAAGAGAGGGAGACAACCAAGGUUCGGAUGGUACUUGACUGCGCGGCGAAAUUUGAAGGGAAGAGCCUCAACUCUGAAAUCUACCCAGGACCAAAGCUUUUGAAUGAUUUGGUUGAUGUCCUCUUGCGAUUCCGGAGAUAUCCAGUAGCAGUGAGUGGAGACAUAUCAGAAAUGUUCUUACAGAUAGAGCUGAAACCAGAGGACAAGAAAUUCUACAGAGUAAUUUGGGAUGGAGAAAUCUUUGAGUAUCAGAGAACUGUUUUUGGUGAUUGCUCUUCACCAUACAAGGCCAACCAAGUUAUACAGAAACACACUGACAGUCACAAAAAGGAUUUCCCAGAAGCUGCCGACACUAUAGAAAACGCAUUGUACAUGGAUGAUGCCUUAGAUAGUAAAUGUACCCCUGCAGAGGGGCGCCAAGUCAGGAGGGAGUUGUCAGAACUGUUGACAAAAGCUGGGUGGAAAAUGAGAAAAUGGAUAUCCAACAACCCCUCAGUAUUGGAAGAGAUAGCCAUCGACGAGAGGGCCUCAUCUGUCAACCUGGACCGAGACCGAGACCAAUUGCCUGUUCACAACGCCCUUGGAGUGGUUUGGAUUGCUGGUGAAGACGUUUUCACAUACAAGUCUAGCGUAGUGGGACAAGAAGAAACCUUUUCAGCCACGAGGAGGGGUCUGCUCCGGUGUAUGGCCAAGUUAUUUGACCCUCUAGGAUUGCUGGACCCGUACAGGAUAAGGGCAUGGAUCAUUUAUCAGAAAACAUGGGUGCACAGUCAAGAGUGGGAUGCGCCGAUUGAUGAAAACCUAGCAAGGGAAUGGUAUGCAUGGGUGACGGAACUCCAGAGUCUGAGCAGCAUCAAAGUCAACAGACACAUCGGGAUGAGUCGCGGUCUCUCUACAGAGCUACAUGUUUUUGGAGACGCAUCCAAGGAGGCAUUUUCCACCACAGUCUAUGCCAGAACACAGAUGCCUGAUGAGACCUUUCGUGUGAGGCUGAUAGUGGCAAAGACGAGGCUUUCACCAUUGAAGACGGCAUCAAUCCCGAGACUAGAGUUAUGCGCCGCUGUCUUGGGGACGAUAAUAGUUGAAAAAGUCAAGAAGACACUUGAAAGUGGACGAGAUGCUCAGCCCUUGAACGUCACGUACUGGAGCGACUCCAUGAAUGUCUUGUACUGGAUAAGACGUCCCGGAAAAGAAUUCAAGACCUACGUCGCAAAUAGAGUUGGUGAGAUCCAGGAGAGAAGCUCAGCCGACCAAUGGAGGCACGUACCUACAAAGCAAAACCCAGCAGAUCUACCCACCAGAGGUCUUAGUCUUGGAGAAUUAGCUGAAUCUCAGCUCUGGUGGGAAGGUCCAGAUUUCUUGCAGCAAGAUGAGGACAAGUGGCCCCCCAGAAAGAUCCCACUUCAGGAUGACAUCAUUGAAGAAGAGAAAUCACCAACUUUUGCCAUUGUAAAAGAAACAACAGGAGAGGACCCAACCAAGUUCUGCCUGCAUCCAAGUCGUAGGAGUGAUAUGAACCGCCUUGUCCGGAGGAUUGGCUAUGUCAGAAGAAUAGCCCAGUGGAUGCUGAAGAAGCCAUUACCUCAGGGAGCCAAAUCCUGGCGGGGAGAACUUUCCCCUGAAGAAAUUCAAGAGGCUGAAGACUGCUUAGUGAGACAGACUCAAAAGGAGAGCUUUCCAGAGGAGAUUAAAGACCUUGCAUCUGGGGAGAAGAGAGUCAAAAAGUCAAGUCAUUUAGCACUACUCACCCCUUUCCUCGACAAGAAGAGACAACUGCUCCGUCUUCAAUCACGUUUGGAAAGGGUUGAUUGCUUGAAAGACAGCGCUAAGUUUCCUGUGAUAUUACCAAGAAGAGGAGAUGUAACCAGACUGAUUGUACAGAGAGAGCAUGACAAAGUUGGUCAUCCAGUGGGAAGGGAAGCCACAAUACACCAAAUAAGGCAAAGAUAUUGGAUCCUGAAGACCAGAGAAGCUGUGAGAGAAUGGGAAAGAAAAUGCUCCAACUGUAUCCUGCGAAGGGCAAAACCUGCUCAGCAGAUGAUGGCACCAAUCCCAAGAUUUAGGUUCAGUCAACCUUUGAGAGCAUUUUCAAAGUGCGGCAUCGACUUUGCCGGGCCUUUCUUCACUAGACAAGGCCGAGGAAAAACCCAAGCCAAGAGAUACCUCGCAGUCUACACCUGUCUGCAAGUGAGAGCGGUCCAUCUUGAGCCUGUAUAUUCCAUGGACACGGAUGGGUUCCUUAUGUCUUUUUCCAGAAUGACGAGUAGAAGAGGAGUGCCCGAGGAUGUCCUCACCGACAAUGGGUCCAAUUUUAAAGCAGCAGAGAGAGAGCUGAGGGAAUUGGUGGCAGCCAUAGACUGGAGCGCCAUUGAGAGAAACCCCGUUGGAUAUAAGAACACCGAAGGUAUAAGAUGGCGGUUCAACCCACCGGGAGGACCUCAUUUCGGCGGGACAUUUGAAAUCAUGGUGAAGGCUGCAAAAAGGGCUCUGAAAGCCAUCAUGGGGAAAGCAGACAUCUCAGAUGAAGAAUUCCAUACCUCUGUAGUAGAAGCUGAGGGGUUAAUCAACUCCAGACCCCUGACACCCCCCAGUUCAGACGCUGAUGAUGAGCCACCAUUGACACCAAACAGCUUUCUACAUGGCCAGUUGGGAGGCCAGCUGGCGCCACCGACUACAGACGUCAUCCGAUACAACCCCAGAAGAAGAUGGAGACAUGUCCAGAAUCUGUUGAGACACUUUUGGCAAAGAUGGCGGCAAGAAAUCCUCCCCCGCCUCCAUAAUCGUCAGAAGUGGCUUUACCAAGAGAGAAAUUUGCAGCCAGAUGAUCCAGUACUGGUAGUAGAUGACAAACUUCUGAGGGGUCUGUGGAAACUUGGACGCAUUGCUGAAAUCCACCCUGGAGAAGACAAAUUGGUACGUGUGGUAACGGUGAAAACUUCAAAUGGUGAAUACAAACGUCCGGUAACUCGAAUCUGUCCACUGGAGUUUCCUGCUGAUGACUAA